AUGGACAUUCAAAUCAAUAGCCUGGCUAAUGGUCCAGAUCUGGUUCGGAAACACCUACCUAAGCUUCGCAGAAGCAGCGAGCUUUCACCGCGUAUUCGGUCCGAUUCUGAUGACGAUGUUCGCAGCGCUGGCGAAUACGCUUUUGCUAACGACGUCAAAUCCGACGCGCUCUUCUCCUACCAACCGCCCUUCAACAUCCUCGCCUUCCUAAUCCUCAAACCACUCUCAUACACACUCACCCCGCGCGCUCUCCACUCAACCAACGUAUUCCUCAUCAAGCUCACCUCGCUCCCGCAUCUCUUCCUCAUCGGCGCGUACGAGCGGUAUCUCGUUAGUGCUAGUGCCAGUGUCGACGGCGGUGGCAGAGGAGGAGGAGGGGGUAAAAGAGCGGUAGGGACGCUGUUCCAUCGCUUACCGAGGCAGAUCAAGUAUAUGCCGUUCGUGGAGGCGCUCGUGGGAUCGUCUGCGGGGGAGCUGUAUGAUGCGAUUUUCGAGCUGUGCGAGGAUGGGGAGGGGGAGUAUAGUAUUUUUGGAGAAGACGCGGAGGAUGGGGAGGGUGGGGGUGGGGGGAGGCCUGCGCUGCGCUCGGUUGAUUCGCGGGAGACCGUGGCGGAUGCUCAUGUGGGGAGGAAAAAGGCGGGUGCGCGGCGGAGUAGGAGCAGAUCGAUGAAUCCUAAAUCCCGCGUGCGCGGGCCUGCGGGCUUCGAUCAGCAGCAGCAGCAGCCGUUAGUGAACAUCGUCAGUGCAGACUCGGAGGCUCCGUCUAUCUCACCUGUACUAGCCACCACCACCACCACCGCUACCACGAGACCGCACCCAAGACAACGCGCGACGAGCGCCAUGUCGCCUUCUACACCCGUCCACCACAGCGACUAUCCACAUGUAAGCGCCAGCGGGAGCGGGACCGCACUCGCCUCUACAGCGUCAGCAGGAGGAGGAGGAGUAGGAGCAGCACCGGCAGCAGGAGCAGCAGGAGCAGGAGGAGCAGGAGUAACAACCCUCUCACCCCCCGACUCGCCAAGUGUAGUUCUCACGACGGAGCGCAGCCCGCUGAUGCGUCUUUUUGGCUCGCGGUUUCCUUCUUUGACUUCAUCCACCUCGUCCGCGUCCGCGGCGCAGUUGCACGGGGGCGGGGUGUUCCCGCCGUCUGCAUCGAACGAGUCGGCGCUUAAUGUUAGCACUGGCGCCGGUGGUGGUGCUGGGCUGUCGGUGCAGACACAAAACCUCAAUCCCAAUCUCGCUGCACACUCACACUCACACUCACACGCGCAAGCACAAGCAGCACAAGCAGUCCAAGCACAAGCAGCACAAGUAACACAAGCAGUCCAAGCAGCGCAAAGCACCGAAGCGAGCGUGAAGCACAUCGAGGCGCUCCUGGAGACAGUUGGGAAGUUGCCGGUGUAUAAGUUGAAGGAGGAGAUGAAGGAGUUGCAGGAUCGGCAAGCGCGGAUUGAGAAUUUGCUGCUGAUGCUCACGCGGGGUAUGCGGAAUGAGGCGUCGUUGUCUGCGACGCCUCAUAGGCAGAGUACGUUGUAA